AUACAUUUAAAACAAUGUCUGACUGAAAUUAAAACAUAAUCAUGCUAUGAUAAUGGCACACGCUUAUUAAUUAAAAUGUGCAACUAUGUGGUUUUUUUUCGAGCUACUUAACAGUUUCUAUAAACAAUCCUGCCUAUAAUAAAUUGUUGCUCACGCCAGACACUUAAGACGUGCACAAAACAAAGGAUUUACAGAGAGAGAGAGAAAAAAAUCGUCACGGUGUUUGACAAAAAGCAUUCCAUUUGCAUUAUCUGUGCAUAUUAGUAAAGUAACAAACCACAAGCCAGGACGUCACUAAGUGGUAUUUAAGAGGCAGCGUCACAGGUGAAUGGAGAGAAGUGGAAGAACUGAAGCAUAGAAUAACUAUCGGACCACUGAGACAGCAGCGGAUUACCGAUCAACGUGUUCAGCAUAAUAUAUCUGCUAAAGGUCUGAUUCUUAUUAUAACCACUGGACUCUUUCCAGAAUGGAGGGAAAAGCUUUUAUUAUAAUGUGCAUUCUCAUUGCAAAAGUCCAAUCCCAAAGUACAACAAUCUCCGUAACAGAUUCAACAUCAUCACUAUCAUCUGUUAGUACAACCAACACCUCCGCAACAUCCACAGCUACAACUUCUUCAACAACCACUACAGCUCCUGCUGAAACAUUCACCACUACUGCAGGAGUUACCACAACAGCACCACAAACUACUGUUACAACAACUGAAUCCUCCACAACAGCCACAACAACAAAUGCACCCUCAACUAUAGUUUGUUCAAAUCCAUGCACAAAACCAACAACUUUAACCCCAACAGGUUCUACCUCUGUCACAACAACUCUUACUGAGUCAUCAACCAUUAGUGCACCAGUCACAUCUGCUCAGUCUACAGCCUCUACAGCAUCUACAGAGCCUACAGCUUCUACAGUGUCAUCCACAUCUGCUCAGUCUACAGCACCUACAGCAUCUACAGAUUCUACAGCUUCUACAAUAUCUACAGCAUCUUCAGAGUCUACAACUUCUACAGUGUAUCCACACAACUUCUACAGUAUCUACAGCUUCUACAGUGUCAUCCACAUCUGCUCAGUCUACAGCAUCAACAGCUUCUACAAUAUCUACAGCAUCUUCAGAGUCUACAGCUUCUACAGUAUCUACAGCUUCCACAGUCUCAUCCACAUCUUCUCAGUCUACAGCAUCUACAGAUUCUACAGCCUCUACAGCAUCUACAGAGACUACAGCUCCUAUAGUAUCUACAGCUUCUACAGUGUCAUCCACAUCUGCUCAGUCUGCAGCACCUACAGCAUCUACAGAUUCUACAGCUUCUACAAUAUCUACAGCAUCUACAGAGACUACAGCUCCUAUAGUAUCUACAGCUUCUACAGUGUCAUCCACAUCUGCUCAGUCUACUCAGUCUGCAGCAUCUACAGAGCCUACAGCAUCUACAGAUUCUACAGCUUCUACAAUAUCUACAGCAUCUUCAGAGUCUACAACUUCUACAGUAUCUACAGCUUCUACAGUGUCAUCCACAUCUGCUCAGUCUACAGCAUCAACAGCUUCUACAAUAUCUACAGCAUCUACAGAGUCUACAGCUCCUACAGUAUCUACAGCUUCUACAGUGCCAUCCACAUCUGCUCAGUCUACAGCAUCUACAGAUUCUACAGCAUCAACAGAUUCUACAAUAUCUACAGCAUCUACAGAGCCUACAGCUUCUACAGUGUCAUCCACAUCUGCUCAGUCUACAGCCUCUACAGCAUCUACAGAGUCUACAGCUCCUACAGUAUCUACAGCUUCUACAGUGUCUUCCACAUCUGCUCAGUCUACAGCCUCUACAGCAUCUACAGAGUCUACAGCUCCUACAGUAUCUACAGAUUCUACAGUGUCAUCCACUUCUGCUCAGUCUACAGCAUCUACAGAUUCUACAGCUUCUACAGCAUCAACAGAUUCUACAAUAUCUACAGCAUCUACAGAGUCUACAGCUCCUACAGUAUCUACAGCUUCUACAGUGUCAUCCACAUCUGCUCAGUCUACAGCCUCUACAGCAUCUACAGAGCCUACAGCUCCUACAGUAUCUACAGCUUCUACAGAGUCAUCCACUUCUGCUCAGUCUACAGCCUCUACAGCAUCUACAGAGCCUACAGCUCAUACAGUAUCUACAGCUUCUACAGUGUCAUCCACAUCUACUCAGUCUACAGCAUCUACAGAUUCUACAGCAUCAACAGAUUCUACAAUAUCUACAGCAUCUACAGAGCCUACAGCUCCUAUAGUAUCUACAGCUUCUACAGUGUCUUCCACAUCUGCUCAGUCUACAGCCUCUGCAGCAUCUACAGAGUCUACAGCUCCUACAGUAUCUACAGCUUCUCCAGUGUCUUCCACAUCUGCUCAGUCUACAGCCUCUGCAGCAUCUACAGAGUCUACAGCUCCUACAGUAUCUACAGCUUCUACAGUGUCUUCUGCACAUCUGCUCAGUCUACAGAGUCUACAGCUCUGCAGCAUCUUCAGAGUCUACAGCUCACCUCUACAUCUACAGAGUCUACAGCUCCUACAGUAUCUACAGCUUCUACAGUGUCUUCCACAUCUGCUCAGUCUACAGCAUCUACAGAUUCUACAGCUUCUACAAUAUCUACAGCAUCUACAGAGCCCACAGCUUCUACAGUAUCUACAGCUUCUACAGUGUCAUCCACUUCUGCUCAGUCUACAGCCUCUACAGCAUCUACAGAGUCUACAGUAUCUACAGCUUCUACAAUAUCUACAGCAUCUACAGAGCCUACAGCUACUACAGCAUCAACAGUUACUACAGUGUCAUCAACAUCUCCUCAGUCUACAGCAUCUACAGAGACUACAGUAUCUACAGCUUCUACAGUGUCAUCAACAUCUGCUCAGUCUACAGCAUCUACAGAGUCUACAGCUUCUACAGUAUCUACAGCUUCUUCAGAGCCUACAGAGCCUACAGCAUCUACAGAGUCUACAGCUUCUACAAUAUCUACAGCAUUUACAGAACCUACAGCUUCUACAGUAUCUACAGCUUCUACAAUAUCUACAGCAUCUACAGAGUCUACAGUAUCUACAGAGUCUACAGCUUCUACAAUAUCUACAGCAUUUACAGAGCCUACAGCUUCUACAGCAUCUACAGCUUCUACAAUAUCUACAGCAUCUACAGAGCCUACAGCUCCUACAGUAUCUACAGCUUCUACAAUAUCUACAGCAUCUACAGAGUCUACAGUAUCUACAGCUCCUACAGUAUCUACAGCUUCUACAAUAUCUACAGCAUCUACAGAGCCUACAUCUCCUACAGUAUCUACAGCUUCUACAGUGUCAUCCACUUCUGCUCAGUCUACAGCAUCUACAGAGUCUACAGUAUCUACAGCUUCUACAAUAUCUACAGCAUCUACAGUCUACACAGCUCCUACAGUCUACAGCUUCUACAGUGUCAUCCACUUCUGCUCAGUCUACAGCAUCUACAGAGUCUACAGUAUCUACAGCUUCUACAAUAUCUACAGCAUCUACAGAGCCCACAGCUCCUACAGUAUCUACAGCUUCUACAGUGUCAUCCACAUCUGCUCAUACUACAGCAUCUACAGAGACCACAGCAUCUACAACAUCUACAACAUCUACAACUUCCACAGCAACUACUGCAAAAAUAGUACCUGAGGUGCUAACAGUUCUGGAGUUUCGCUCUAAUGACACAUUUAUUAUUGCACUCAGCGAUAACAACAGUGAGGAGUUCAAGAGUAGGGCUAAGCUUGUCAAAGAUCAGAUUGAGCCCAUCUACAAAAUCAAGUAUGAUAACUUCCUCAGAGUGAUUGUCCUAGGAUUCAGUGAAGGGUCAAUCAUCACAUCAACACGACUAGCUUUCAGCUUAAAUCAAGCUAUCCCAUCUGUUGGAGAGAUUUCGAACACCCUCUUGACAGCAGUGGGAAACGGAGGUGUCAAUCUAUUGAACAUAAUUCCUCAAUCAAUUUCAGUCAAUGGUUCAGCUUCAGCUACCACUGUCACUCCUGCAGCAACCACAGCAACUACAGCUUCAGGUGGAUUAAAGAUUGAAUCCAGUCUGCUCCAAGCAACAUGCCUCGUCAUUAUGUCUAAAAUAUUAAAGCUUUUCCUAUAGAUCCCUUAAACAUAUAUCAAUCAAAUAUGAGAGUUCAGUAAUAAAUGCUAUAACAAAUAAUUAAAUGACAAAUGUAAUUAUUAUUAUUACGUGGUAUAUAAGUACAACAUUCUUCCCAUUGUAGCACACUCUGAAAUAAUGGUAUAGAGCAAUAUAAAGAUAAGUUUGAUGAUGCAUUGUUCCUCAAGAAUUUAACUGCAGAUAUUUGUUUAACAGCAGGCUGUUCUUUGAGGGAGAAGCGGAUGUUUUACCUCAUGCAUUUCCUAAUGUAUGUUUUCAACAUGUAAAUAUUGUAACUGCUGUUAAACUGUUUUGAGGUUAAAUACUGGUCAUACUUAUUUUUCUUUUUUCUUUUUUUAUCUAAUAAUUUCUAACAUUGCAAUGUCAUAUUCUAUUUUAAUUAAAUAAAAUUAUUUAUUAAGUUUA